AUGGCUCGCUCUGGAGGAAAACGAGGUACAAAGUCAACAGCUGCGUCAUCCUCCUUCAACCCGAAACCACAGGCCAGUUCUUCCUCCGGCCCUCCUACACCUUUCCAGUAUGCCCCCGUCUCGCUUCGACCAUUCCUCUCGACGCUUCCUACCGACCAUAUAUACCUCGUUCACCUCGAUAACACACCUGCGAGCUUGAAAAAGCGAGUCUUCGUUGUUCCUCUACUCCUCAAUAUUCUCAUCAUUGUCGGGCUGUGCGUCCGAAUCUACUAUGCAGCGCCAGUCUAUCUUGAGCAGAUCAUUACGGUCUUUGGCUAUGAUACAUCCUAUACCGUCAACACGAAGACUGCAGGGGCAGGCGAACUCAUGAACAUAAUCAGUUCCAGGACGUUUUUGUUGAUGGUGGACUAUGCCAUUUUUGCAUUGAUUGGCAGUUGGCCUCGAGAAUUCUUUCUUGGGAGUAAGAACUCUAGAUUUAUGGGGCCGUGGCAAUGGCGGUGGAAUCUGGGCUUCAGGGACACUGAGAUCAUUGUCCGGAGAGGAAGAAGCUGGGAUACACCGUUGCUCGUCGGGGACAUACCAGAUCAAAUCAAGACCUGGAGGAUUGACGAAGAAUUGGCCAUCAAGGUCAAAGUUGACCCUGCUAUGCGAACCUCUUACAUCGCAAAGACCGGCUACCUUCUCCUCGACAAGGACUGGGAUCUGGACUUCACGGCCAUGCUGGAUGCCCAUCGGUUGGUGGAUAACGGGACCGUGCAACUGAAGGACCUUGAGAACCUGGCACUGGUAUAUUACAAGAAACAGUGGCUAGUCUGGCAUGUGCACGAGCAGCUUCCGCAGCCGAGCAAGGAGGCUGGGCAGCAAGAUGACAACCUGGAGAAGUUCAGGGCCAAGCUUGCAGGCCUCGGGGCAGAAGACGUCUUCUUCCGCUGGAUUGAAAUUGUUCAGUUUGAGACGUCCCAGCUGGGAGGCUUCACGGAGGAACGGCGAGGCGAGGCCCUGCGAGAACUGAAAAGUCGUCUGACAAGGAAAGGAGUGGAUUUUGCCAGUUUCCUCGAGGAUAUUGGUGGACAGGAUAGUUUGCCUGGGUUUGAGUCUCAGCGUACAACAUAG